CUGCUAUUGGCUUAUUUCCUUCAAAAUGAGUCGCAUGAAGCCACCAGGGGGCGCCAUUACCCAUCCUUUCUGAAAUUUCAACAUCAACCAGCAAACACCGAGCACAGGAAGUCGACCGUCAUCUGUCCUGAGCGGGGUCAACAUGGAGAAAUACGCCACGAAAUUUAGCUCACUUCUCAUGACACCUGAUCCACACUACAUCCCGGGGUUUACAGGAUACUGCCCACAGCUCAAGUACAACAUGGGGAAGUCUUAUGGCGGGCUUACCCACCAGUUGCUUAGCAGUCCUGAGGCGAAACCCUCCGGACGUUGGGUCCUCACUGAGGGUCAUGACCCACCUCCAGAGUCUGACAGUGCUCUGACACUAAAGAUGAUACUAGGAUACACAGGCUUCAUUCCAAAACAACAGAACUACUUUGCCAGCAGUUACUCUGAAACAUGUCGUAAAGCGCUGACAGAGUUUUACCAGGAGAGAUGUGCAAAGCUCAAACGACGAUCGUCAGACCUGCCAGCUGUGGUCAGCUACCCCAGACAACAGUUUGCUAGACCAGGACUGCCUUUUACGCCAAUCUCUGACAAAGUCUUCUCCUACAAGCCAUCGAAGCCCUUCGCCCCCCUCGGACAACCUUAUUUAAUGGAUGAUGAUGACCCGAACAAGUGCUUCAUGUCAGGAUUCACGGGACAUGUGCCGAAAUCCCGCUUCCUUGUGGGUAAAGGUUACCCAGUCACAACCAACCAGGCACUGAUCCAGUUUGGGGCACAGCAGCGGAGUGGCUGCACAUCCCAGAGACAGGACGGUUCCACGACCACCAUCUAUCCAUCAGACAGGGGGGUGAUACCGUCAUUCACAGGACACAUUCCAGGAUACAGGUUCAUGUAUGGACAAUCAUUUGGCCAGCUUUCACAGAAUGCACUGGAAAAGAGUGGGAUCAAGAGGCUCCUUAAGGACAAAUCAUAAAAUUAUCAAUAAAAUGUUUGUUACUGGCAACAUUUAGUUGUGACUCAAGCCUUGUUACUAGCAAGAGAUUAUACAUUUUCAUGAAACUAAAAGUUUGCUCAAACACAUUCCUAGAAACCCCAGUUCCAAAAAAGUUAGGACAUUGUGUAAAAUUUGAAUAAAACCUUGAUUUUCAAAUCCUUCCCAACCUAUAUUCAUUCGAAUACAACACAAAAACAAAAUACUUAAUGUUUAAUCACUAAACAGAUUCUGAAUUUGAUCCCUGCAACAUGUGACAAAAUAUUUGGACAGGAGCAUGUUAACCACUGUUUCAUCACAUUUUCUUCUAGCACUCUGCAAGUGUCUGAAAACAUUAACUGUUGAAGUAUUGAAAGUGGAAAUUUCCUUUUCUCGUUUGAUAUACAUCUUAAGGUUCACAACAUGCUGUCUGGGCUUUGUACUGUUAUCAGUUAAAUAGUUGAAAAGAAUUUGCAAAUAACUGUAUCCUGAUGUAUUUAUAUUUGACACAAUAUCCCACAUUUUUAAAAAUGUUUUGUACCUUUCUUUGAUAAUAACAAGAACAAGACAUGUAAGUAUGUUAAGUCUUUAUUAACAGACUUUGAUUGUCACCGGGCAUUAGAGGAAGGGUUCAGAGAAAAUGAUGCU